AUGGCAGCCCAGCUGCGCCAGAGGCCCGUCGUCCCGACAGAUGACCUGCCCGCCCCCGAGCUCGCACCACCCUUGGCCGACAAGCACCGGAAGAACGCCCCAGAUGUCGCACAUCCUUCUGGCAAGCAAAAGAAGAGCCAGGCCACCCAGUGGCUGAGAGGCUUCAGCUUCGUCGCCUACUUCCUUACUUGCUGCGUUGCUAUCAACAUCACCCAGUUUAUCGGCGCCCCGCUCUACAUCAUCAGCCGCGAUGUCUACUACGCAUAUAUGGCCCUGACCAAGGAGUCCUUCGGCCUCUUGAUAACCACCAUGACAAAGAUCUGGGGCCCAACCACUAUACGCAUAAGCGGCGAUCACUCUGUCUCCGGCCAGAUCAAGCGCACCCCCGACGGCCGCGUUCAGUUCUCCUUCCCCGAGCGCAUCGUCAUGAUUGCGAACCACCAGAUCUAUACCGACUGGCUGUAUCUGUGGUGGGUUGGCUACGCAAACAUGCCACAGAUGCACGGUUACAUCUACAUCAUCCUCAAGGAGUCCCUCAAGUAUAUCCCCGUCAUCGGCACCGGCAUGAUGUUCUACGGCUUCAUCUUCAUGUCCCGCAAGAUGUCCGUCGACCAGCCCAGGAUGGCCUACCGCCUCAAAAAGCUCAGGAUGGCCCACACUGCCCCCAACGGCACCAGCUUCCUCAACCCCAUGUGGCUCCUACUGUUCCCCGAGGGCACCAACCUGUCCGGUAAUGGCCGGGACAAGUCGGCCAGGUGGGCAGAAAAGAGCGGCAUCAAGGACUGCAAGCACCUGCUCCUCCCUCGGAGCACAGGCAUGUAUUUCGUCUUGAAGGAGCUAGAGGGAUCUGUGGAAUAUGUCUACGACUGUACUGUUGCGUACGAGGGCAUUCCUCACGGAAGGUACGGCGAAGAGUUCUUCAGCCUAUCCAGCACUUAUUUCCAAGGCCAGGCGCCCAAGUCCGUCAACUUCUACUGGCGCCGUUUCCGCGUCGAUGAAAUGCCACUGCAAGAUCCGGAGAGCUUCGAAACCUGGCUGCGGGAAAGAUGGUACGAGAAGGACGCGCUCAUGGAAACUUACACGAGCACCGGCCGCUUCCCACGGCUGCCCACAGAACCUGGGAAGGCCGACACCGACGUGCCCGACUUCAUCGAGACUGAAGUGAGAACGCAAUACUGGUGGGAGUUCCUCAGGAUUUUCGUCGUUCUCGGUAUCUUCGGUCUCCUCGGGAACCUGGUUGUAAAGUUCUGGUACCGGAUGGCUCGUGUUGUUUCCUUAUAA